AGUGGUUACAGAUGUCACACAAUUAAAAUGGACUAUAUGUCGUCCUCAAGAUACAUUGAAAUAUGCCGGUGAAAUGAUCCAUUCCACCUUAAAAUGUGGAGGGUGUUAGCGUCACGUCCUACCCACAGUCACUAAAACGGUCCGACAAAAAUAUCAUAACCACCUGAAGCGCGUCGGAGGUUGUCGACACUACAUGGGCAGAGUACGCGAUCUGGAAAAACCCAAUCUCGAAAUAUUCCGUGCGUGUUAUACCUUUUGAGGUAAAUGAAUAAACAAAAUCAAAUUAUCGUCGUCGUAUCCUGAUUCCACUGCUGCGUGGGCAUUUUGAUUUCAUGUUUGUACUUUGGAGUGAACUUUUCUCUGCAGUUAGCUACCUUUACGAUCACUACUGCAGUGUCCAUUCAUGCUGGUAGCUCAGAUUUAAUUUAGCUAAUGUGCUGGUACGUUUUUUACGACGGUACUUGCAGCUGUCGAAUAGAAUGAACUAGCAUUGCUGCUACUUAGCUGUCUAAGGGAAGCUCCUAUAGCAGAACAAGAUUUUGCAAUCACUGGCACUGCGCAAGAAUCUGUCACACCUACUGUGUAUAUUUGAGUUCAGAGAAAGCAUCUCCGGGACCCCUAAAAUGAGCAGACACCAAAAUGGGGAGGAGUACAGGAACCCAACAGAGGUGAAGAAGAGCCAGAUAGUGAUGCCCUGCCAUGCCAACCACCGCCAGGAGCUCAGCGUGGGAGAGCUGCUCAAAUGGAUGGACUCUACAGCCUGUCUGUCAGCUGAAAGGCAUGCUGGGUGUCCCUGUGUCACUGUCUCGGUCGACGACAUCCACUUUGAACACACUAUUGGGGUUGGACAGGUGGUCAACAUCAAGGCCAAAGUCAAUCGAGCUUUCAACACCAGCAUGGAGGUUGGCAUCGUGGUGAGCUGUGAAGACCUGUUCAGCGAUACUCACUGGAGUGUGUGUCGGGCGGUUGCCACGUUUGUCAGCCAGCGCACCACGGGAGGGAAGGUGCAGCUGCGUCCGUUGGUCCCCUGUACACAGGCGGAGCAGGUGGAGCACAGUUUAGCAGCUGAGAGGAGGAGGAUGAGGCUCGUCCACACUGAUAUCAUGAAGGACCUGCUCGCUAACAGGGCCUUCCAACAAGUGGAGGUCCAGAAGGCUGAGAAGGCGGUGCCAGCAGAGAGGACACGGGUGGAGAGUGUUGAGUUGGUUCUUCCCACUCAUGCCAACCACCAGGUCAACACGUUCGGAGGACAGAUCAUGGCCUGGAUGGAGAACGUGGCUACCAUCGCUGCAAGUCGUCUGUGUAACGCUCACCCCACCCUGCAGAGCAUAGACAUGUUCCAUUUCAGGGGUCCCUCACACGUGGGCGACCGGCUGGUCCUCAAAGCCAUAGUCAACAAUGCAUUCAAGAACAGCAUGGAGGUGGGCGUGUGUGCGGAGGCUUAUCAGGGGGAGGAGCCUCUGAGACACAUCAACAGCGCCUUCAUGACCUUCGAAAUCCGCGACCAGGAAGGCAAGCCAUGCACGUUGCCAAGGAUACGACCCGAACCGCUGGAGGGAAUGAGACGUUACCAGGAGGCCAUCGCUAGAAACAAGAUCAGACUCGACAGGAAGUACAUAAUAUCCUGCAAGCAGACAGAGGUGCCCUUAUCUGUACCGUGGGACCUCAGCAACCAGGUGUACCUCAGCUACAACAACGUGUCUGCUCUGAAGAUGCUGGCCGCCAGAAACAACUGGUUGUUAAACUCUGAGAAAAACAAGGUGAGCCUGUACACCCUGGAGCAGAAGCAGGUGUUGAGUUUUAAGGUCGAGACGGAGGUAGACAUCCCAGCUGAGAGGGCCUUUAUGUUGCUCUCUGACUUAAGCAAGAGAGUGGAGUGGGACCCAAACUACGAGAGGUGUGAGCUGAUUCUUAGGGUGAACAAUGAUGACUUUCUGUACCGCGUGGUGACUCCUUCCAUAGGCCAGGAUGGGGCCAGUAACAGCCCUUCAGCCGAUCAGGGAGGGAAGGUCCAGGACUUCAUCCUCCUGGCCUCCAGGAGACCACCGUGUGACAGCGGGGACCCUUAUGUUAUUGCUCUGCGUUCGGUCACUCUACCCACACACCCUCCUACAGAGGGCUACAACAGGGGAGAGGUGCUGUGUGCCGGCUUCAGCAUCCUGGAGGUCUCUAAAGACAUCUCCAAGAUCUCCUACUUCAACCAGGCGUCUCCCGAGGUCCUGCCCUACAUCUCCACAGACAUCGCCGGGCUCUCCUCCAGCUUCUACUGCAUCUUCUGCACCUGUAACACCUUCCUCCAGGAGAACAGGGUUGACCAUGCCUCCACCCCCCAGUCCCAACCACCCUCCUCUACACUAAAACGUACACAACUCUAACCCUUUAUCCUUCACCACCCUGAUCCCCUCACCCUUGAUGACUAUUGUACUGAUCGAUUGAACACACUGCCAUUAGAGGAUCCGAUUAUCUUCAACUGUUUAUUUUAUUAGAAUGGUUUAUGAAAGGAGCCUAAUUCCCAGAUUUGUUUGUGCAGUCUUGCCAACUCCUAUGGUCAUUGACAAUGGCCAUGAAUGUAGGAGUUAGCAAAACAGAUCUGGGGACCAGGAACGUUUUUUUGUGGCUGUGAGUAAUUACGAUUGUCCCUUAAAGCACUUAGUCUCCCUAUACUCCCCACCUGUGUUCAUUAGAUUGACACCCAACCCCCUGUGACCUGGCUCAAGCCUGCCCAGAGCACUCUGGCCUCUUCACACACUAAGCUGAGCCAUGUUGACAGCAAGGAUUAUUAGUGUGGAAAACUAUAUGUUUUUCUUUUUGAACAAUGUUCCCAAUCAUAACUUGUGAAAAAUUAUGUUUGAAAUAAUUUUAAGUGUUUGAACUUUUCCAGAGAAAGAAUACUGACCAGACUUCUUUUUUCUUCUGAGAAGGGCACUUUAUUUGACAAUAAAGGGUCAGAAUUGCAUUUGA